UAGUGGAUCAAUAUAAUAGGAAGACCGAGUCAAGGAGUCUCAGUAAAUUGGAUUGUUCCCCAGACCCUACACCCUGAAACAUUUAGGUACGAAAGAUCUGGCAAUCGAUUCUCGAAUAAGUGUCCUCAGUUAACAAUUCCUAGCUGUCAUAUGGGCCCUUUCUCUGUCAGAUAUCACUGAAUUUGAUAUCAGUUUUGACUCUGAGGUUCCAUCUCUCUGAGGAAAUACACACAAUACCAGUUAGGGAGAGAUACUGUGUGUUUCCCAAUGUCACUGCCCGCAUGUUCAAUAUCCCCACUAUAGCAGGGGGCACUGUGGCUCCCUCUCUUCUCUCCAGUUACCUAGAGCCCCAUAAGAAUUAUGUCACUGUGUAUAUGUGUGGGUGUGAUUGUGCACAUCGGUGUGUGUUUGUCAGGGAAAGGCAAGAAAUGGGAGUAGCAAAAACUAAAGGUGAGAAUAAAAAAAAGAAGAUACUGAAUCACAAACUGAAAUUUACCCUCGGAUAUCAACACUUUUUGUGUUUUUGUGAAUACAAUACCUGUUUAUUGACUAGAGUGAACCUAAGUCAGUUUUGAAAGGGCCUCUAAUUAUCAGAAAUCUCCUAAGCCUGUCCCAGCCUCACCCCGUGUUCUUCUAACUUCUUUGCACCUGGGUUGCUCUUCUGCGCUUAUGACGGUGAGAUUAGGCAGCAUGAGGGUAUUACAGAGAGAUAAGUCAGGAUGCAAAGAUCCUUUUGUCUUUUGCAAAGAAGGCAGCAGGGCAGCUGAUAGGAACAACAUUCAGCUCCGAGGCUGAAAGGGAAACACUAGCCGCCUGGGGGCUGUUAAAAUGAGUGACAACGCUGCUCUGGCUGCUCCUGCUUCAAACCAGGGUCCUACCACCCCACGCAAAGGGCCUCCCAAGUUCAAGCAGAGGCAGACUCGCCAAUUCAAGAGUAAACCUCCAAAGAAAGGUGUGAAAGGAUUUGGAGAUGACAUUCCAGGAAUGGAGGGGCUAGGAACAGAUAUCACAGUGAUUUGUCCGUGGGAGGCAUUCAGCCACCUGGAAUUGCAUGAGCUCGCUCAGUUUGGGAUUAUCUGAGGUGCCAGAGGUUCUGCCACUCUCAAUGACAUCCGCUGUAAUUUUGGUUACUUUUGCCCUGUUGAUCUGCCGGAGUCUUGAAAUUCAGCUGAUUGGAAGCGGUUUUGUUGACUUACGAGGUCAUUUCCUAUCAGUUACUACUAAGAGUUCUCUUACUGUCAGAAUCUCUCUUGCAGUACAGCUCAAAAUAGUGGAUGCAUUUCAAACUUAACCACCUUUUCCUACCAGCUAGUUAGAAGUUAUCAUUAUUUCUCUACAUUUUGUUUAUGUGUAAGCCCUUUAAAUCUAUUUUUGCUAGGCAUUCACUAUGAUUAAUAGGAGAUUUUUAAGAUAACAUGUAUGUCACUCCCCACCUCCUCUUAUUUAAUAAAGGAGAUAUUUACCUUGAA